AACGAUUAUCUUGCAAUGGCAUUUGAAUGUGUAUCAUUGAGCGAGUCCUGCCAGCAUUGGAACACACCACAACACAGGCAGAACAAUGCUGUCCUCGCGCUACAUGCACGCCCUUUCUUAUCAGGACGGAAGGUAAGAAGUGGGAGGCAGCGCAUCGCUGUGAAUAUGGAAGUAGACUGGCAGUAUCCUAUGAGGCGGGAGAUGCAAGAAAUCCUACCUGGUCUAUAUCUUGGUCCUUACAGUGCUGCUACAAAAUCCAGAUUCAACACACUACUAGAUCAUGGAAUCACACACAUCAUUUGCAUCAGACAAAGUAUAGAGUCGCACAUGGUUAGAGCAAAUUUUCCUGAUAAAAUAAAGUACCUAAUCCUUGACAUGGCUGACAACUUGACGCAGAAUCUCAUAUCCCAUGUAGCAGAAUGCAGAACUUUCAUUGACGAAUGCUUAGCAUCAGGAGGCAAGUGUCUCGUCCAUGGAAAUCUUGGAAUAUCUCGUAGUGCAGCUUUGGUUGUUGCUUAUGUAAUGGAGAAAAGAACAUUAUCAUAUAGGGAAGCAUUAGAAUUUGUUCAAAAUAGAAGAUACUGCAUAAACCCCAAUGAUGGCUUUAAGCAGCAACUCAUGGAAUAUGAAGCCAUAUACAAAGCCCAACAGACUUUGCUAAAUGGACAGUGUUCCCAGGAGAAGGGAAAGCUGAAAAGAAAACAUGAUCAGACCUCUGAUGAUUUUGACCAAGACUCCUCAGAACCCAUGGAGGCUGUAAGCUGAUGACAGGGAAAGUUUACGUGGAUGAGGACAUUGUGAACAGUCUGGUCUUGUGAUAACUGGAUAAUUGUUGAAAUGGACUGUUAUAUUAAUGGUCUACAUAAAGAGUUAGUUUUGUAAGAUUUUUAUUUUUUUAUAUUUCAAUGAAUGGAUGUAUUUCAAUACUGUAGUAUUUAUAUUAAUUGCUGAUUGAAUGCUGCAACUUUUUUACUUCUGCACUGUAGAUAAUUAGUGGACUUAAUGACUGAUAAAUAUUUUUAUGCUUUUUUAUAGAUUUUCAUUUAUACAGAAAAUCUUGAAUGAAUGGGAAAACUUUACAGUGCCAAUUGGUCUUCCUGGUGUGUAUGAGUUGCAGUGCUCCCAUUGAACAGAAAUGUGCUGUCUGAGGUUCAUGUAAUGACGUACUCAACUUUUGUUAUCAUUUUUCUUUUUUUCCUCCUCAAUUUUGGAAUUACCCAGCAAGUUAUAUCCUUGCCCCUUCUUUGAUUCUCUCUCUCUCUCUCUCUCUCUCUCUCUCUCUCUCUCUCUCUCUCUCUCUCUCUCUCUCUCUCUCUCUCUCUCUCUCUCUCUCUCUCUCUCUCUCUCUCUCUCUCUCUCUCUCUCUCUCUCCAAAUCUUAGAGCAUAGGACACCCAAUAAAUACUGAUAUUGAGUUCAAAUAUGAAGUUGCUCACCAUUUCAGUGAUGAGUUUAUGACUAAGAAAACUACCAAUUAUUUUACUUCAAAAGCUAUUAUAGCCAUAAAAAUAAUUUUCUCUAA